AGGUUUUCGGAUGCGGGGAAAGAGGGGAGCCGGUCCCGGUCACCCCUGUCUCUUUAAGAGCGCCCAUCGGAGCUUUUUUUCACCUCGCACGAAAACGGAGAGAAAUGCUAUGUGACCCGCCGGCAGCAAGAACGGAGCCCGGGGAUGGAUAUAUAAAAACUUAACCAAACCUGGGAAUUUCCGAUCGUUUAGGCUUUUCCAUCUCGCUGUUUUGUUGUGUUUUUAUAUAUAUAUAUAUAUAUAUAUGUAUUUAUUUUUCAGUUUUUUUUCCCUGGCUUUAGAAAUGGAUGGUUCGGAGAACGGUCGGGGAUUGCGUGUAUAACUAGAUACAUAAAAAUAAAUAAUUAGGUAAUUUCAAUAGCCUGGCGAUUAAGACGUGGAGGACUGGAGGGGGGUCCCGGGUUUGAUAGCGUUUUUUUUCUCAUAAGGAUUUCAUAGUGGAAGUCAGCCGCGAUGGUUAACAGUUGAAACUUAAGAUCACGCCGGGCGUUACAUUGCACUGGUUACAUUAUAACCUUCUGCCGAUGCAGCACACCGGGACCUGUAAACACAGGCGCGUUUGGCGUUUUCUCGCCCCCUUUUUGACAGCGGAUCAUGGGGAGGGCGCUGGGAAAUAAAGGGGGGCACGGUGUCGCUUCUUUCCGCCUCGCCUGCAGCGGUAAUAUUAUGUUGUAGCACCGCAAUAAAGUUGCUUGGCGAGCGGGUGGUUGGCCGAAAUGCCGCCGUUUUGCCAUCUGCACCUGUUUAAAUGAAGGGAGCGUCCCCGAUCUGGCAUAUCGGAGAAAAAAGGACGGGAGGGUUUGGACUGCUACUCCUGGAUUUGUGGAUUACACGAACGGUGUUAUUUUCGGGUGAUGUAUAACCACCAAGGUCAUUGAAUGAAGAAAUACACGUAAUUUGCACGUACGUGUACAUCUCGGGGGUGCACGGCUUGGGUGUCGUGCUUUCCUGGCAUACCCCGAAAAGGCUGUCCUUUCGCGUUUCCACGCCGCUGUACGUUUUUUUUUUUUAGUUCCCCCUAACAUGGAUGGGAAGAUGAAGCAGAGCCGGAGAUCCCGGUCCCAGCGUGAGAGGGUGCGGAGACGGGAAGCCGUCGGCAGGGAUGCAGGCGAUCGGAGCGCCUCGUCCUGCUCGGACGCGGAGCGAAGUCCCGGAAGGGAUUGCGCCUCCCAGACCGGCAAAAAGGCUCUCAACUCGGCCCCCUCGGCCAGAGCUCCUCGCCCCCCUCGGAGAAGGAGACGGGAAUCGGGCUCCCAAGAAGAGGACAUUAUCGAUGGGUUUGCCAUCUCCAGCUACGUGAGCCUGGAUUGCCUGGAGAAGAAGAAGGGAACCCUGAGGUCUCAAGAGAAGAAGUGGGAGAAGCAAAUGGUGAAGAGGCAAAGAGAGGUGGAGAAUGGCGUGGCCGUGGAUGCCCCGGAAAACGGCUUCAACGAGCACAGCUCCAGUGUGGGGCCAGAGCAAGAUGGUGGCAAGGAGCGAGCAAAGAGGAAGACGUACUCGAGGAAGAACAAGCAGAUGAAGGUGUUGGGGGUCUGCCCAGGGAGGAACAGCGGGAGAGAGGCCCUGCAGGAGUGGAACGGGCCCCAGCAGAGCGACUCCAGAGAGCCCCUCAGCGAGAGCUCCGCCCAGUCUCUGUCCGGCCACGGCUAUUCGUGUGACAGCGAGAGUGACAUCGAUGACAAGGCUUCGGAUGUAGGAUCAGAGAAGCUCUUCUCGCCCACUGCGCAGAAAGGUGUGACAGCGAAUGAGAGCCUCGACCCACGGACCUACAGCUCUGCCAAAGUCUCUGGGCUCCAGCGCAGCCAGGAGCAGAGUAGUGACGCCCCCUACGGGCCCACCUUGCCCGGCUCCCCAGCCCCGACCGUCGCCUCGGCAGCUGCGCCCCCUGCAGUCCGGGCCGGCUCCCCAGCGCCGCUGCCCGUCAAAAAGGAGCCAGUGCCCCCAGGCCCCGCCCCUCCCCCACCAAAGGUCCAGCAACAGCCCUUGCCAGAGCUCCGGGCUCUGCCCCCCCAGCGCCACACCCCUCCUUUAGCCAGUCACACGGGGCGCCCCCUAUCGCAGUACAGUCUUCACGCUCUCAGUCGCGCCGGAGGCAGUGUCAGUGGCGUGGGCCUCCCCAGGCAACACCCCCCCACCCCCCACCUCAGUGGGCUCGUGCCCCCGGUGCCCCCCCUGCCCCUAUCCAUCGCGGACCUGUCCACCUCGCAUUAUUCCCUGCGAGCGGCGGCCCAUCGCCAUCCGGCCAUGUUCGCCACCCCCGCCACCCUGCCGCCACCACCCACUUUACCCGCCAACAGCCUCGGGCUUCCCGGACACCCUGCGGGAGCCGCUUACCCAGAGCAUGACCUCCUUCGGCAGGAGCUGAACAACCGCUUCCUGGUUCAAAGUUCAGAGCGGGGCCGGGGGCCCUCCGCCUCCCCGCUGGCCCCCGUGUCGCUCCUGAGGGCAGAGUUUCACCAACACCAGCACAUGCACCAGCACCAACACACCCACCAGCACACCUUCACGCCCUACCCCGCCAGCCUGCCCCCCGCGGCCGUCAUAGCACCGCCCACUGCACCCCCCAUGGUGCGUACCCCAGCCAGAAAUUUCGACAAGUACACCCCCAAACUGGACAACCCCUUCCUGAGGCAUUCCACUUUUUUCCCCUCAUAUCCCCCCACGAUGCCCGGUGUGGCCCCACUGCUUCCUCAUUCUGGGCCCUUCAGCAGUCUGCAGGGGGCCUUCCAGCCCAAGGCCUCUAACCCCAUUGACGUGGCCGCCCGCCCUGGGGCUGUCCCUCACACCCUCCUACAGAAGGACCCUCGGGUGACGGAUCCCUUCCGGACACCUGUCAGAAAGCCCGGGAAGUGGUGCGCCGUCCACGUCCAGAUUGCCUGGCAGAUCUACCAUCAUCAGCAGAAGAUGAAGCAAAUGCAGAUGGACUCCCACAAGAUGGAGCUGAACGGGAAGCUGGACCUGUUCAGCCGCCCCCCAGGUCCUGGGGUGUUCCCUGGCUUCCCGUACCCCCACGACCUGGCUCGGCCACUCUUCUCCUCCACAGGAUCCGCCCAUUCUGCAGCCUCCCCUUACGGCCCCUCCCCCCACCACAGUGGCUUCCUGCCCACCAGCCACCUGCCAGGUAAGUAUCCGUUCAGUCGCUCCAGUGCCUUUGGUGGCCUUGGCAACCUCUCAAGCAGUGCCUUCGGAGGACUGGGCAACCCCUCGCUCGGGUCCAACAGCAUGUUCGGUCACAAGGAAGGCACCGGUAUACCCGGCUUUAGCAGCCCCCACCACGACACCUGGAACCGACUGCACCGCACCCCUCCUUCCUUCCCCACGCCCCCACAAUGGCCCAAGGCAGGCGAUGUGGAGCGAGGCACUGGCUCCGCCCACGACCGGGAGCGUGACCGGGAAAGAGACAGGGAGCGGGACAAGCGGGACUCAUCCGUCGGAAAGGAAGAGAGAGAUAAAGACAGGGAGUCUCUGGAGCGGAACCGCCAUUCCAACCGGUCGUCUCCCGCCACCGCACCAGUCAGCUACCAGAUCAGCAACCUGAUCCGUGGCAGCAGCCAGAGCUCGGGAGAAGUGGUGCGCCAUGCGGUGGCGGAACGUGAGAAGGAGGUGGCAGAGCGCCAGCGGGAGGCCGUCGUGACCCCUGACGUCAAGGUGAAGGAGAGCCGCUCGCCAGGCCGCGAGGUGCAGGAGCGCAGAGCCCCAGAGGACCCGUGCAGGCCUGCGCGACGCUCCCCCUCGCCAUACUUGAAGGCCACAGCCACGGAGCCAGUGGCGAAGGGCCCCGGGGCCCUCUCCAGGGAGAUGGAGCGCAAGGAGACACCGGCCGGGGACACGGGGCCCCUGCGGGUUCGAAAUGACAUGAAGAUCAAAGAGGAGCGCAAGGAGGAGCAGGACGUGCUGGUGGUGGGCUCUGAGCCGGCGACGCAGCCCCCUGCCGUACCCCUGCCUCCGCCUCUGGGCCCCCACCACCACCACCCAGCCCACCCUUCGCUGGUGCAGCAGCAGCCUUUGCCGCCACAGGCCCCCUCCCGCUGUGCGGAGCUCCCAGCGGCAGCUGCACUUCACGGCGUCCCCCUCCCCCACUCGCUGCCCCUACCGGUGAGUGCCAUGCACCAGAUGGGCGGCCUGGGCAUGCUGGAGCGCUCACGAGUAGCCCCCUUCGUGGGUGUCAGCCCCUUGGCAGGGACCCGCGAGCGCCUGCCCCACCCCGCCUUCCCCUGGGACCCCCUGGCUUACCGCAGCCUGGACCUACAGCGCCGCGUUGACCUGCAGCUGCGGGCUGAGCCGGGGCCCCGUUUCGGCCCAUAUGAUGCUGAGCGGGCGUACCGCGAUCGCGAGCCGCUGGACUACGCCCACCAUGAGCUGCUGGAGGUGCGGCGCGAGCAUGAGCGCCUCCGGCAGGCCGAGGAACGGGAACGGCUGCACCUGCGUGAGGAGCUGGAUCGUGCCCGGCUGCACCAGCUGCACCAGUCACCCAUGGAGGGCCACCUGCCCCACAUGCCGCCCUUCGUGUCCCACCUGGGGAGCCUGCACUACCCCCGGCUCAGCCCGUCCACGGGGCACGCCGGCCUCCUGAAUCGGACGCCCCCCACCGCCGCGCUGAGCGCCCCCCCUCCGCUGGUGCCCGCUGGCGCAGGCCGCCCCACCUCCCCGAGAAGGACUACGCCCCUUACAAGUCAAGACCCCCGAGACUACUCCCCCACGCGAAAUCCCAAAGAGGUGGAGGCGCGGUAGCUGCCUCUCCCCCACGGACGCAAACCCUCCCUCUCCCUCUGUUACGGCUUCUGACGACGGCGUUUCCCUACAGGCGGCGUACCCUUGGUGGGCCCUGCCCCGCCCCUAAAGCACAUGACAGUGUUGAUGUCGUAGAUGUUGUCCCUCUUGCUGUUGUUUUUGUCGUUGUUGUUGUUCUACGAAACAGGGGAGCUGGAUGGCCUGGAAGGAGACGGACCACAGAUCGGUGUGUCAGAGUCUUUGGCCACUUAAAUUUUAAUAUUUAUAUAUUAAUCGCCGCUCCGUCCCCCACCUCUCACAUGCAUUGAGAGGUUGAAGUCUGUACAUUUCCAGUCAAUUUCUUCCCAUGUAUAGAAGUUGUUUGUUAAUUUUAUUUUUUGGCGGUAUUCUCUCAUUUCUAAUUUUAUUCCUCAAAAGUUUAUUUAUCCCAUUUUCGCUGUGAGCUUUGUAAGGCCUGCGGUACUUAGGGGAUUUUAAUUGAGAAUUUUGGCAUCUUAUUUUACCAUAUUUGGUACUUGGAAAUACUUAAACGACAAUGUACAAAGUUACAUUUUUGUUUCGCCCUGAUAUGAUAUGCAGACAGAUAUGUAUGAAAUGGCCUCCUGUUUUUGAUUUCUGUAAAGAAAAUAAAUGUAAAUAUCUUGUUGAUAUUCCUUGGGACAAAUAUACAAUGUAAAUUUAUUAGGCUUUUUAAAUGUUUCUAGAAAAAAUAAAACAAAAAAAAAAAACCUGAAAUGGAACCAACUUCCCAUUUGAAACCAUGGUUACGGACAGAAGGCUGGGACGGCAAGCGGCCGACAUAUCCGUGAUCUAUGCAAGGGCACUGGGAGACCCUGAUGGUGGAGCGGCCGGGAUUUCCACGUGCCGUCUUUCCCCCAGAUAGACGGAAUUACAUCGCUUUUUUAUUUAAAAGAGGCAAGACUGGGGAUGAAUGGUGAAUCACACCAGGGGAUGGUCUGAAGAGGAACAGAACCUGAACUGUCUGUCCGCCCUGUGCCACUGUUGGUGUUUUUCUUAGAAUCUUGUACACAGAAAAAGUAGAGUUUUAGGCGGGGGGAAAAAAGAAAAUUCAUGGUUUAAAGAAGUAUUAAAUAAAAGUUCAAAUCUAAUAUC